AUGGAGAAAAAGAUAGUGCGCAAAGGGCCGCUGCCUGGAGGUCGCCAGGGCGCGUCUGGAGCUGGCGCUGGACGCGACAGCAUGCGGGCCGCCAGCCGAGCGCGGGGUGUUGCAAGACCACCUAGUAGCCCCCCGCAUCCAUCAUCCCCACCAGAAGGCUUGGUGUCGGCUGGGUCUUCUCGGACUCAGCAAGCGACACCCCCCGCUGGUGGAGCACGUCGCAUGCGUUGGUCUAAAUCAAUGAAUGAAAACGCACUGCGGGCGUAUUUUAGGGCAAAAGGGGAAGAAACUGGAUGUUUGGCGUAUCGGGCUCGGAUGCAUCGCUUUUUUGCAGAGCUGGAGCCAUCUCUAUCCGUCACUGAGCAAAACCUGGCAGACCGAGUUAGGUACAUCCUGCGCUCCAACAUAUUUGGUGACGCCGAACUCGAGCGACUACGACGUGAGGCUAUUCCUUCAUCGAAUGGAAAUGCUACGGCUGGGAAUGCGGCGCCACUAGAUGCGCAACAAACUGCAUAUGUGGAUGCUGCCGUCAACAUUCCAUUUGUGGCUAAUUCAGACGAUGAUGGAAUAGUCUCCCACGAACUAGAGAAAAUGAGGAGCAUAUUGGAAGAGUCGAUGCUGGAAACGCGCAGCAUGCCUCUCGAAAAUCGACCGCGACUUCCCCCGCAUACCCCUUAG